AUGACGACGAUCCACAACCGUGACCUGGGCAUCCAGGACAGCCACACGUUCAGUCUAAAGAACAAGGGUAUCAAGCUAGACACCGCAGCCGACAUCAAACCGUACCUCGAACAGCUCUCCAAGCUCGAGAACGUGGCCAAGGUGGACAUCUCCGGAAACACCAUCUCGCCAGAGUGUUCCGGGUUGCUUGCGGAGGCGCUGCUGCCCUUCAAGGAUACGUUGAAAGACGUUAACCUGCAGGACAUCUACACUUCGAGAGACAGAUUUGAGAUCCCUGCGUCUUUAGCCAAGUUCUUCCCCGUGCUGCUGGAGCUGCCUCACCUCUCAGUGCUCAACUUGUCCGACAACGCGUUGGGCCAGGACGCCAUCGAGGUGUUGGAGGACUUUAUUUCUAAAUGCAAGACCGUCGAGUACUUCAUCAUUUCCAACAACGGGUUGGGCCCUUUCUCCGGCGCCAGAGUCGGUAAGGCGCUCUACAAGAGCGCCAAGUUGAGAGAGGCCCAUCCGGAAAGCUCCAAGCCUUUGAAAGCCUUCUGGUGCGGUAGAAACAGGUUGGAAAACGGCUCCUGCGAAGCGCUCUCCGUUGGGUUCAGAGCAAACAGGGAGUUGGAAGAAAUCAGGCUCUACCAGAACGGUAUCAGACCCUCCGGUAUAUCCAAGUUGAUCAGUUUCGGCUUGAACUCUUUGGCCAACCUGAAAAUACUCGAUCUCCAGGACAACACCUUCACCUUGCCGGGCUCCUACGCUCUCUCGGAGAACAUUGCCAACUGGCCACAGUUGAUCGAGUUGAACGUCAACGACUGUCUUUUGAAGGCCACGGGCUGCAAGCUCUUUUUGGGGAAAUUGGCAGAGAUUUCAGACAAGUCAAAGCUUCAGAUUUUGAGACUGCAAUACAACGAGCUGGAAGCAGACUCGUUGGAGAUCAUUGCCCAGUUCCUCAAAAACAUGUCAGAUUUGGCCGAAUUAGAGUUGAACGGUAACAGAUUUGAAGAAGACUCGGAGCUCAUCGAGAAAAUCAACGAUAUAUUCGAAGAAAAGGGUCUCGGUGAGCUAGACGAGUUGGACGAUUUAGAAGAGCCAGAUUCGGACGAAGAAGACGAGGACGACGAGGACGACGAUGACAAAGAGGAAGCGGAGCCAGAGACAGAAGUCGACGCAAGACUCAAGGAGUUGGAAAAAGAACUUUCUGCUGCUCAUAUAUGA